CAACGCCAACAUCGCAGUCCACACAGUCUCGCUGCCUAGCAACGAGCCACAGGCGCGUGGUUUGUUCGAUAAAAUUUUGCUCCACGCUUCAACCCAAAAAGCAAACGUUGCGGGCGUUUGUUACGGCAUUCGGCGAACAAAUUCCAGCACAUCCGGAUCGUCUGUAUUGAAAGAAGGCGUCAUCUUCUCGGCGCUUCGGAACGGAAAAUGAACGUGACAGCAGCACGGCGUCGAAGUGUCGGCCGCGGUGGAGUAGGCGGCAAAGCAAUCCGUGGUGGCAAAGCGAAAGCCCGCAAUGGCGCGACGAAUGGUACGCACGGGGCCACCCAGAACGGGGGCCCACCGGCAGUGGCACCCCAGAACGGGGCGAAGGAGAAGCCGCCGGAAGGCAAGGACAAGGGGACGGCUGCGGCGGCAGCGGCGACGGCACCGGGCCCGGAAAGCUACGAGUCCGACUCGUCGGACCAGGUGUCCUCGUCGGACGAGGAGGAGCGGUGGAAGGAUCCGAAGCUGACGAACGACGUGCCGUCCGAGUACUGGCACAUCCAGAAGCUGGUGAAGUACAUGAAGGCCGGCAACCAGACGGCCACCAUCGUGGCGCUCUGCUGUCUGAAGGACCACGACCUGACGACGCAGAUGAACCAGCGUGCCAUCCAGGACUGCGGCGGGCUGGAGGUGCUCGUCAAUCUGCUCGAAAGCAAUGACAUGAAGUGCAGACUGGGAGCGUUGUCCGUCCUGUCCGAGAUCUCGUCCAACCUGGACAUUCGCCGUGCCAUUGUUGACCUGGGAGGUAUUCCGCUGCUGGUGCAGAUACUGUCGGAACCGGGGCGCGACCUGAAGAUCAUGGCGGCGGAGACGAUCGCUAACGUGGCGAAGGUCCGUCUGGCCCGGAAGCUCGUCCGCAAGUGCAACGGCAUUCCGCGGCUGGUCGAUCUGCUGGACGUGAACAUGAACUGCCUUCGCUCACAGCGCGACCAACUGUCUGAGGAGGAGCGCGAAAUGCUCGACAUGGCGCGGGCCGGAGCACGCGCACUCUGGUCGCUGUCGGAGUCGCGCCACAACAAGGAGCUGAUGUGCAAGAGCGGCAUCGUGCCGCUGAUGGGACGCCUCCUGAAGAGCGUGCACAUCGACGUUGUCGUUCCGACUAUGGGUACCAUACAGCAGUGCGCCUCGCAGGCCAACUACCAGCUGGCGAUCACGACCGAAGGGAUGAUCUUCGACAUCGUCUCCCACCUGACGUCCGACAACCUCGACCUGAAGCGGCAGUGCAGCUCGGCCAUCUUCAAGUGCGCCAGUGACAAGACGGCAAGCGAUAUGGUGCGCGAAUCGGGCGGACUGGAACCGUUGGUAGGAAUCGCGCGCGACAAGACGGUACGGGACAACAAGCAGCUACUAGCGGCGGCAACGGGCGCCAUCUGGAAGUGUGCGGCGAGUGAGGCGAACGUCAAGAAGCUCGACCAGCUGAAGGCGGUACAGGUGCUGGUGCAGCUGCUGAACGACGAGAACGAGGACGUGCUGACGAACGUGGUGGGAGCGAUUUCGGAGUGCGUCAAGUACCAGAACAACAGAGAGAUCCUGCGCCAGUGUGGAGGCAUCCCGCUGCUGGUGAACCUGCUCAACAUGACGCACGCGCCGCUGCUGGAGAACAUUGCCCGCACGCUCAAGGAGUGUGCCUCGGACCCCGAAAGCAUGACGCUGAUGGAGGAGCUCGACGCGAUCCGGCUGAUCUGGUCGCUGCUGAAAAACUCCAACCCGAAGGUGCAGGCGUACGCGGCCUGGGCCCUCUGUCCUUGCAUUGAGAAUGCGAAGGACUCGGGCGAACUGGUACGGAGCUUCGUCGGUGCGCUGGAGCUGGUCGUUGGGUUGCUGAAGUCGCGCGAUAACUUUGUCCUGUCGGCGGUCUGCGCUGCGAUUGCGACGAUUGCCCGCGAUCGGGAGAAUCUUUCCGUCCUGUCCGAUCAUAAGGUGAUCCGGAUGUUGGCCGAUUUGGUGUACACGACGGACGAUUUGCUGCGCGAGCAUCUUGCGGCGGCCAUCGCUAGCUGCGCCCCGUACUCGACCAACACGCAGGAGCUGGGACGGUUGAAGACGGUGACGCCGAUCGUUGGCUACAUGGUUAGCAAUAAUCCGCGCGUGCAUCGGACGACGGCCAUGGCGCUGCAGAAGCUGUCCGAGGAUCCACAGAACUGCAUCACAAUGCACCAGAGUGGCGUUGUUCCGUUCCUGCUGGAGACGGUCGGCUCCAAGGAUCGGGAGCUACAGGAAGCGUCCGCCGGCUGUCUACAAAACAUACGCAAACUGGCCCUGCGUGCCGAGGAGCUUGAGCUGUGUGGCGAGUAGGAGUAGCGCAAUGCGGACAACGCGAUUCAGCUAGAUUAAUUACAAAAUUUCUCAACGCGACGCACAUUUGCCAAGCAAAAAUCACGCUUGUUUUUGGGCACUUUUGUUAAUCUUUAAUGCAAAUCGAAAGCUGCAGUGCUCUGUCACCUCGCAUCCGGCAGCAUCCGAUACAGGCCGGCAAUAACCGAUACUUUUUAUUAACACAUUCGA